GUGGCAACACACUCGUGACCGACUACACGAUGAAAAGGUUUGUUCUCCGAGAACGCAGUUGAGUUGAAGUUGGAUUGAUUGAGAAUUACUGACGUAACUAUUAGUUACAAAAUGGCUAAUUGUAAUACGCUGAUUUUUCUUUUCACUUUCUUUUGGCUGGCCAUCGUCUUGGCCGAAAGUAAAAAUAAAACUGCUGUGAGAAUAGUCAAAAGGAAAAUGAAAAAGGUUUCAAACAAUCAGGAAACUUUCAAACAACAAAUUUUAUUCGACGAGAAGAUCUGGUGCUGCAAAAGUGGAACUACUUACCUGACAGGAUUGGAUCAGUGCGUACCAAAUUUUGUCUCCACUUUGUACAACGAAUCGUUUCCAAAUUAUUCGUUCGAGGAUGCAACCGACGGUUUGACUGAUUGCCCGAAUGAAUACGUCAGUCACAGCACGGGAGAUUUCAAACUGAACAACGGCACGAUACUGGUUAAUGGCAAACGGUUUAAACAAAAUGAAUUCUGCAUCAACAGAAUCGAAGAAGAAAAUUAUUCAACUUCCCCUGGCAAAUUUGUGGCUCGUUAUUGUGUUCCUGAUCCUUGCGGUGAAUCGGGAUGCAUUCGGAAGUGUUGCCCUCCCGGCAUGGCCAUGGUCAUGAAAUAUUAUCACGAUCUGUCUCCAAUUUUAAUAUGUGAACCGCAUCCUGUACCGUUUAAUUUGUCCGUUUUGCGUAACCCGCAAAAUGUACCAAUCGACGCCAAUUCUUUUUCCACCCGUGGUGGACUCGGAAUGAAAUGCGGUAAACUUCCACGAGAUUUAAUUUUUAAUUUUUCAAUACGUCCCGACGGCCAGAUUCUACUUCAUUUAGAAAAUCAAACCGACGAGAAAACCGACCAGUACUGCAUUGACAAUCAGGUUGCCGGUGAAAACAUUAACUUAGUGGCAAUGGUGUGUUUUCCUGAGCAAGGAGAAGAUGCCAAAGGCGCGUAUUUAUUCGGAUGUUUGAAAAUUUUUGCCACGGUAUUUUUGGUGGCUACCUUAUUGGUUUAUGCAAUUCUGCCAAAAAUGCGCAACCUCCACGGUGUUAUCGUCAUGUGUUACUUGGCCUCCAUGACAAUCACGAACGUUUUUCAUGCCAUUCUGAUGCUCGUGAAAGGCAUUGAUAUGCCACCCGGUCUUUGUCCAACGUUAGGAAUUUCAUUGCAUUUUGCCUACAUCGCCUCUUUUUCUUGGCUCAACGUCUUGUGCUACGGAGUUUGGCGGAUGUUUAUUUCCAUCAGAUCACCGACAAACACAUCCGUCUUGGGUAAACAGUUUUUCUAUUCCUCCGUUUACGGAUGGGGUAUUCCAUUCAUUGUCGUGGUUGUCGGACAAAUCCUCCAGCACAGCGAUGUGCCAGACGACAUCAUUAAACCAGGACUGCCUUCAAAAUUAUACUGCUGGUUCAAUCAUAAACAUAGAAGACCAUUAAUCGCCUAUUUGUACGGCCCGAUGAUUGUCAUGAUUAUUGCCAACGUUUUCAUGUUCGUUUGGGCUGCGUUCAGUUUUUACCAGAGAAGUGUCGAAUCAUCGGAAGUGACCAAAGUUUCCCGUAAAAAACAAAGAUUUAAAGUGAUCCUGAGUCUCUUCUUGUUGAUGGGUGUUCCAUGGACAACCGAAAUUAUUACUUUCAUGGCGAAUGCCAGUUUUGAAAGUGCCCUGUUCACCGACAUAUUCAACAUCAUUUUGCCAAUUUUCAUUUUCAUCAUCUUCGUCUGUAAGCCGUACGUGUGGAAGAUGAUGAAAAUCAAAUUCCCGCGCAUGAGUCCGUUCAUUUCGGCCUGUGAAAAAUUGGUUUCCCGCAUUCACCCCAAUAAGAAAAGUAAACGUCAACCGAUCGCUACCGCUGACGAAAGCCAAUCCUUCAACUCGAAUAACACGACCGGCAGUAGCAGUAACAAAACUAGCUAUCAGACCGAAAUGACCACAAUGAAAUAAUCGUCCUAGCUCUUAUUACAUGUCUGAUGAUCAACCAACAGUUUGGUUUGAGUUGAAAGAAAUCUCCUUGACUUAAUGUAGUACAGCCUAUGAUACAUUUAACGCGAUUUAACGUUAUUAAGCGUGCUCUUAUGAGAAUGAUUGUACAAAUAAUUAAUUCAAAUACCUACUUUUUGCUUCAAAUCGUUUAGAUGCCUCACAACAAACGGCCUCACACACAAACGGCAUCAGGUCAUGCAGAAGUUAUCGUUUAAUUAUUGAAUUGACUUAACUUUAAUUGAAUUGGUUUAAUUGAAUUGGCUAAGUAUUCUGUUAAUUCGCCCCUAGAUUACCAAAUUGUUUCACUGGUGAUGGCUCAAUUGCUGUAAAAUUAAUGAUUUAUUGCUUCUGGUACUUUUACACGCGUUGUUAUGCUUUGAAUUUCUUACACGGUUUAGAAUGGAAACAUUAUUAUGCCAGUUUUCUUAAACUCUCCCGCAAAGAUUACAAUACAACAUAUGGACAAUU